ACAGAUAUUAAAAUUCCUACUUUAAACUUCAAUUAACCUCAAGCAUUUUCUUGCCUAUAAGAAGGGCCAUUUCUCAUUCGUGAAGUUGGCAAGCCUAAGAGGAAGGUAGAGAAGAGAAAAAUAGUAGAGACAAACAAUGGGAGCUUUGUGCAAUGUGUUAAACAAAGUGAAACCAUACCUUGCAAUGGUCUCCCUGCAGUUUGGAUAUGCAGGGAUGUACAUAGUCUCCAUGGUUUGUUUGAAGCAUGGCAUGAGCAAUUUCAUCCUCGCCACCUACCGACAUGUCGUCGCCACCAUUGUCAUUGCACCCUUUGCCUUUGUUCUCGAAAGGAAAAUAAGGCCAAAGAUGACCCUCCCUAUCUUCCUCAGGAUCGUAGCUCUUGGUUUCCUUGAGCCAGUGCUUGACCAAAACUUAUAUUAUCUGGGAAUGAAGUUGACGACAGCAACAUAUUCGUCAGCUUUUGUCAACAUGCUUCCUGCUAUUACCUUCAUAUUGGCAAUGAUUUUCAGGUUAGAGAAGGUGAAUGUGAAGAAGAUAAGAAGUGUAGCUAAGAUCAUUGGAACAGCAAUCACAGUCGUAGGCGCAAUGGUGAUGACUUUAUACAAAGGUCCCAUUAUUGACUUCAUCAAGUCAGGGGGAGCCACCGACCAUGGAACCACGGCCGAAUCCACCGAUAAACAUUGGGUUACUGGCACAAUUCUGCUUCUUGGAAGCAUCUGCAGCUGGUCUAGCUAUUUUAUUUUGCAAUCUUUCACAUUGAAGCAGUACCCUGCAGAGCUCUCUCUUACAGCAAUGAUAUGUUUCAUGGGGAUGGUUGAAGGUGCAGGCUUGUCGCUUGUCAUGGUUCGCGACCUAAGCGCGUGGAAAAUCGGUUGGGACUCGAGGCUUCUUGCUGCAACAUACUCAGGAAUAGUAUGCUCCGGCAUCGCGUAUUACGUGCAAGGAGUCAUGAUCAGGCAACGAGGGCCGGUUUUCGUAACAUCUUUCAGCCCUCUAUGUAUGAUCAUCACUGCUGUAUUAGGGGCCAUUAUUUUAGCAGAAAAAAUCCACCUUGGAAGCAUUCUUGGAGCCAUUAUCAUAGUCACAGGCCUUUACACAGUGGUGUGGGGAAAAAGAAAAGAUGUGAAAUACUCAAAAACAGAUGAAAAGGGCAAUGCCCUGCAGGAAUUGCCCAUCACUGUUGAUGAUGGGAUCAACGGAGUUGCCAAAAUUGUUACUAUUCCAGCUUCAAAGACCCAAUUCGCCACUCAAGGAACAUAAAUAUUGUUGCCUUCCAAGUGCUUGAUUAAAUUCCUAGCAGACCAGCAAACCAUAAAAAAAUUACUAUGUAACCAUCCCCUCAUCUCUCUCUCUAUAAGCUGCUCUGCAUUUUAAUUGUACUCUUGAUGCUUCUAAAUUUGGUCAAGUAAAAAUUAAGUUUGCCUA